GGGAUGCCCACCACGUCUUCCACGAUCGCCUGGCCCCCGUCAAUGGCCUGUCGAUGGCCCUGGCGCAGUCCGAGGAGCUGUACGAGUCGAUGCGCCUCCUCUCCGAGCGCAGGCUCUCCGAGGCGCAGCGGCGCGUGCUCCGCAGGCUCAUGGGCGACAUGCGGCACGCGGGGGUCGGCCUGCGGUCCGCGGAGGCCGCCCGGCGGCACGACGACAUCCAGCACGAGCUCGCCCACCUGGCCGCGAUCUUCCAGGACAACGUCGCCCGCGACGAGGCGCGGGGCAUACGCUUGCUCACGGAGGUCCGCGAGGUCGCCGACUUCCCGGCCGCGGCGCGGGAGCAGGCGGCGAGCGCGGCGCGGAGUGCCGGCCACGGUGCGGCCACCGCGGAGCGAGGCCCCUGGCUGCUGACCCUCGCGCCGGCCGUGCGGAAGGCCGUGCUCGAGAGGAGCGGCGACGAGGACCUGCGCCGGCAGGUCUUCCUUGCGCACGCGCACCGCGGCUGGCGCAACAUCACCGCGGCCGUGGGCCUGGAGCCCGCCGCGGGGGACAACUCGUGGAUCGUGGCCAGGAUGCUGCAGCUGCGGCGCGACUGGGCGCGCCUGUUCGAGCACGGCCCUCAGCCUGCCCUGCUGCGCACGUGCUGA